GGCGGGUCCCCCCGCCGUUCCCGAGUCGCGGAGCCCCGGCGGGGACGUGUUCGGCUUCCCAAGCGAUCGGCGCGCAGGCGCCUCUCAAUCCUCAGCUCCGGUGAGAUGCUCUCGGACCUGGGAAGGGGAUCGCCCUUCCAUUCUCUGCCUCCUGCUUUCUUUCCGGCCCCCCUGCCGCACUUUUUCUCCAGACCCCUGGCUCGGAUUAAUUUUUUUUCCCCCUAAUCGCUAUUUUAUUUUGUAAUGUUGCCCACCUCACGGGAGCCCAUUUGCUUUCCUCUGUAGUUCCCGCUCCUCCAAAUAGCGUUAUCUGAAAGGAGACCCGCCUGUUGAUUAUCCCCGUCUCCCCUAAUCUGAGCUUCCACCCAUCCUUUGCCCCCAUCCCUCCCUCUGUUUGAUUCCAAACCUUUGGAUCGUGUUUUGGUGUCAUUAGGAGAUUAACAUCCCUGGAGCACCAGGGGAGGAGGAGUAGGAGGAGGAGGAGGAGGAGGGUGGAGGGGAAAGCGAGACUGCAGGCAGGAAGGUUGGCACAUUAACACGAGUGAGACUCUCCUCCCGCCGUCCCAGCCACCUCCGGCUCCUGGGUGGCAGCGGAGGGGGCGUUUGCCGGCGCGGCGGGUUGCGGACGGCGGCUGGCGGUCCCGCGGAGCGGCGGGGGCUGCCGGCGGGCGAGCGGCCGCGGCUCCUGCGCGCAGCCCCCCUCUCUUUUAUGAGCAGCGAAGCGGCAAAGCGGCAGCGGGGGACACCUGGAGGAGCAUUUCUUCUCCGGGUUUAUGAAUGGCACUGACAUGGAGGAAAUACCGUUUCAGAAAGUCAAGACCAAAAGGAAGAAGUGCUGCCACUGCUGCUGCUCCCCGCCGGCUGCCGCGGCGUCGGGAGCGGGAGCCGGGUUGGGGGACUCCCCUCCCUUGCUGCUGCUGGAUGCCAUCGCCUGCGAGGACGAGUUUGACUGCAAGGAGCUGGAGGCUCUCUUCCAGAGCUACAACCUAAAGCUGGAGCAGACGUCCACCCUCAAGGCGCUGGCCGUCCUCAUCGUGCUCACGGCCAGCCUAGCCCUGGUGGAGCUCCUCUCCGGCCCCAGCCUGACCAUCUCCAAAGGUUCGCACCCGGUGCACUGCAUCAUCUUCCUCUCCCUCUUCAUCGUCACCAAUGUCAAGUACCUGCAGGUCACCCAGCUGCAGCAGAUUGUCAAGCUCACCUUGCUCUUCAGCUUCACCUUCUCCUUCCUCUGCUGCCCCUUCUCUCUCGGCGCCUACGGCAUGGAGCUGCCCAGCGCCCCCGAGCAGGGCAUGUGGCAGCUCAUGCUGGUAACCUUCGUCUCCUACUCGCUGCUUCCCGUCCGGACGCUGCUGGCCAUCGUCUUCGGGCUGGUGGUGUCUGUCUCCCACCUCAUCGUCACCGCCACCUCCGUCAGUGCCAAGCGGCAGCGGCUCUGGAGGACGCUUGUGGCCAAUGCAAUCCUUUUUGUCAGUGUAAAUUUGUAUGGGGUCUUUGUGAGGAUUUUGACAGAAAGGGCUCAGAGGAAGGCAUUCCUUCAGGCCAGGAACUGCAUUGAGGACAGGCUGAGACUGGAGGAUGAAAAUGAAAAACAGGAACGUCUCUUGAUGAGCCUUUUGCCCAGGAAUGUUGCAAUGGAAAUGAAGGAAGACUUCCUGAAGCCUCCGGAAAGGAUUUUUCACAAGAUUUACAUUCAAAGGCAUGACAACGUUAGCAUUUUGUUUGCAGACAUUGUGGGGUUCACUAGUCUGGCAUCACAGUGUACUGCCCAAGAGCUGGUGAAGCUGCUGAAUGAGCUUUUUGGAAAAUUUGAUGAAUUAGCUACAGAAAAUCAUUGCAGAAGAAUAAAAAUCCUAGGGGACUGUUACUACUGUGUAUCAGGAUUGACCCAGCCCAAAACAGAUCAUGCCCAUUGCUGUGUUGAAAUGGGACUGGAUAUGAUUGACACCAUCACAUCUGUUGCGGAAGCUACAGAGGUUGAUCUCAACAUGAGAGUUGGAUUGCAUACAGGCAGGGUGCUUUGCGGGGUCCUGGGUCUCCGAAAAUGGCAAUAUGAUGUCUGGUCAAAUGAUGUGACAUUAGCUAAUGUAAUGGAAGCUGGAGGACUGCCUGGGAAAGUUCACAUUACAAAGACCACCUUAGAGUGCCUAAAUGGGGACUACGAGGUAGAACCAGGAUAUGGUCAUGAAAGGAAUAGUUUCUUGAAGAAACAUAAUAUUGAAACAUAUUUUAUUGUGCCAUCCCAUCGUAGGAAGAUAUUUCCUGGACUGAUUCUCUCAGACAUUAAGCCUGCCAAAAGAAUGAAGUUCAAGACAGUCUGCUAUCUGCUUGUUCAGCUCAUGCACUGUCGCAAGAUGUUCAAAGCGGAGAUCCCUUUCUCCAAUGUCAUGACGUGUGAGGAUGAUGAUAAGAGGAGAGCAUUGAGGACAGCCUCUGAAAAACUCAGGAAUCGCUCCUCUUUUUCUACCAAUGUUGUAUACAACACUCCAGGAACUCGAGUAAACAGAUACAUCAGCCGCUUGAUAGAGGCCCGGCAAACUGAGUCUGAGAUGGCUGAUUUGAACUUCAUUACCCUGAAGUAUAAGCAAAUUGAACGUGAAAAUAAAUACCACCAGCUUCAUGAUGAGUACUUCACCAGUGCUGUAGUUCUCUCACUAAUUCUAGCUGCCUUAUUUGGCCUUGUCUACCUUCUAAUAAUACCACAGAGUACCAUAGUUCUUGUUCUCCUGGUGUUCUGCAUAUGCUUCCUAGUGGCUUGUAUUAUGUAUCUACAUGUCACACGAGUACAAUGUUUUCCAGGGUGCCUGACCAUACAAAUUCGUACCAUUUUGUGUAUUUUUAUUGUGAUCUUAAUAUACUCCGUGGCUCAAGGCUGUGUGGUUGGCUGCAUGCCUUGGGUUUGGAAUACCAAUUCCAGCAGCUCAAUAGUUAUAAUUUCUCCUGGUGGAACAAAUAAAACAAUGAAUGAACUUCCAUGUGACACAGCCCACUAUGCUUUCCUUUCCUGCAUAGUGGGGACUCUCACCUUGGCAAUAUUUCUACGUGUAUCUUCCUUGCCAAAAAUGAUUCUCCUGCUUUUUGUUACAAUUUUGUACAUAGUUAUUCUGGAACUCAGUGGUUACAGAAAAGCAGUGGGGGGCGGCUCCUUUUAUAUGCGUGGUUAUGAACCAAUACUAGCUAUUUUGCUAUUUUCUUGUGCUUUGGCCCUGCAUUCAAGACAGGUGGACUUGAAACUGCGUCUGGACUACCUCUGGGCAGUGCAGGCAGAAGAAGAGAGAGAUGAUAUGGAGAGAGUCAAGCUGGAUAAUAAAAGAAUUCUUUUCAACCUGUUGCCGGCCCAUGUUGCACAGCACUUUCUUAUGUCUAAUCCAAGAAAUAUGGACCUCUAUUACCAGUCAUAUUCACAAGUUGGAGUGAUGUUUGCUUCCAUCCCAAAUUUCAAUGAUUUCUACAUCGAACUGGAUGGCAAUAAUAUGGGAGUGGAAUGUUUACGCCUGUUAAAUGAAAUUAUUGCUGAUUUUGAUGAGCUUAUGGACAAAGAAUAUUAUAAGGACAUUGAAAAGAUCAAGACAAUUGGAAGUACAUACAUGGCAGCUGUGGGACUUGUACCUACUUCAGGAACUAAGGCUAAAAAAUCAAUUUAUUCCCAUCUGAGUACACUGGCAGAUUUUGCAAUAGAGAUGUUUGACGUUCUUGAUGAAAUCAACUAUCAGUCUUAUAAUGACUUUGUCCUACGAGUUGGUAUUAAUGUUGGGCCUGUAGUGGCAGGAGUCAUCGGAGCCAGAAGACCACAGUAUGAUAUCUGGGGGAACACUGUGAAUGUUGCCAGCCGGAUGGAUAGUACUGGAGUGCAGGGAAAGAUUCAGGUGACAGAAGAAGUUCAGCGGAUAUUAAAAAGGUGCAGUUAUGAAUUCGUGUGCAGGGGUAAAGUCAGUGUAAAGGGAAAAGGUGAAAUGCUGACCUAUUUCCUGGAAGGAAAGGCUGAUGGAAAUAAUUCCCAAACAAGGUCUUUAAACUUAGAGCGGAAAAUAUACCCUUAUGGGAGAGCAAACAUUCAAACAAAACUGGGCACCAGCUGUCCAUCGGUGUCCUCAGUUGCUAGCUUUACUGUAAAACCCGGGCUUGGAGCAGGUCAAGCGUCUGCCAGUCACACAAACCAAACACUGCAUUAUCUUCCUUCUGUGCCAGCUGUGAAGGAGACAUAGAACAAAGGAGAUUUGGUUGUGCCACUUGCAGUGAACUUGGAUAGCAAUGGUUGCCUGAAUUUUUACUAAGAAGUCAGAGGUCAUAGGCCAUGGCAUUAACCAAGGACCACUACAACCCAACCAAAGAGAACUUGGGGACUGUGUAAUGAACUCUUGGGAUAGAACAUAUAAGGGCUAGCAAUUCUGUUAUGAAAAGUCAAAACGGGAUUUUCUGGAAAUGAGGAAUAUUUUCUUGGCAUUUUUAAACAGUAAAUAAAAAAAAUUAGAUAAAUGUGAAAGCAAUUAUUUAUGUGUGUGUGUAUAUAUAUGUUUUAAUCUAUAUAUGCACAUAUACAAACAGUUCUGUGUAGACUUAACAGAGAUUUAUAGAGAUGAAAAUAAAAAUGUGUAUUUAUUUACACAUCCACCUGCAGUAACAUAGCAAAGAGAUUUCUCUUUGCUGUCAUAGCCAGAAUUGUUUGGCCUGGGAUUAGCAAAGCUGCAUUUAACCAUCAAAUGUGGGAUGCCUGGAGAUUCUCCAGGGCUACAGCAAGACUUUUAGAAACUGUGCUCCCAGUGCAUGAAUUAAUGCAAUGAAAACAGUGUUUAUUGUGUUGUCAAUGGCAGAUUAAUGAAGACUGGAUUCAGCUAAUUACAGAACCCUACAUAUUUUUUUAAACUCUCCUUGCAUGCUCCAAAAACUUCCAAAAACUUUCAAUCAAACCAUUACACUAGGAUAUAAGGUAGAUAAACCACAGAGCUUAAAGUUUAGGCAGAAGAACAAUAUAUAUUCUUUCCAUUAAAAAAAAUACAAGAGUGGUAGAGCUUAGAAUUUGCUGCCUCUUUGUAGGUUAUUUGACUCUGUGCAAGACAGAGGAGCCACCCUGCAAGCACAGCAAUAUGCUUAUGCAAUAUAGAAACAUUCCUUUAUGUACAGUGCUGAUUUUACUGAGGAGCAGAAGGAUGGUAUUAUUUCAGGCUUUUAGAAAUAGCACAAGUCCUGUGGCUCAAGUUCAGUAUUUAGCUUUGACAUUCUAAACAGCUCAAAGAAUAGUCCUGUACUGGUGACAAACAUGCUGUUGCUAGUUUUGCGACAUUUGUAUGUUUGCCAACAUAGUUUUAUAUAUUAAUCGAUUUUUAAAUUUAUGCCACAGUUUUAUUAUAUCUUGAUUCUAUCCAGACUCACUCUUCAAAGCUGUACAAUUAUAGAAAGCUAUAAUUCUGAGAAACAAGCACAGUCAAACUUUGUCAAAUGAGGAGCACUGGUAAAUGUGCCAGGAGAGCAAGGCCUGCUCUUAAUCUGCAUAAAAAGAAAUAUAUUUUGGCUGCUUUUUUUCUUCAUGGCAGCCCACAUCAUAUUGUUUAUGGUUUCAUCCUAAAAUGAUGAUCUGGAUGUGAAAUGUGGAGUGCAACUCCAUACUCAAGGUGCAAGUAGUUGAAGGUCAUCCUGCUGAGGGACAUGUACUCCAUGGAACUGUGCCAUAGUGUCCUGAUGGGGAUUCACAGGCUAACUAACCUCACUGCUUUCCAAAAGAGAAGCAAAACUUUACAUUGUCUAAAAACAUGAAAAGCUUUCUUUUAACCAGCAAAAACAUCUGCCCGCCCCCCAAAAAAAAAAGAUCAAAAACCAACAACAACAACAAAAAGGUCAAAAAAGCCAACAAAACCAACAAAAACAGCCCACAAACCUAAAAACCCCACUCCAGAACACAGAAGUUGUACAGAUUGUACAAUAGAAAACUUUCACAUACUAGAUGUCACAUUUCCCUUCGGUGGGCCUAUUUUGUUACAGAUUUCAGUGGGAAAAAAGUUCUGAGAGAUUCCCCUCUAAUCAGCUUUUGCUUUGGAGCAGUAAUUUUUUGUGUUAAAAGUAUAUGACAGCACUAUGUCAGCAGAUGCAAAUGGCUAAAGAAAUGUUGCAGGAAUUUCUGUUCUCCGUAUCAGGAUACUGUGGGACUCCAGUGUUUUUCAGCAGAGUCCUAAAUUAAUUUUUAUGUACCCUGUCUCCUAGGUGCUUCAUUACAAAGCUGGGAAAGUUAGUCUUAAGAUUAAAGUGACUAUAAAAACCUGAGAACUGUUUCCUAAUUGUACUGCACCGGGUAUAUGCAUCCUUAUUGAGCUGAAGAAAGUCACUGCAUUUCUUUAUCUCCCUAAGAGCUACCCAGUUCACAGCUAUUCUUCUAGAAUAAUUUAUUUUUUGCUUUUGAGGCAUUCGAAUAGUUUUAAAAAUAUACAUGUAGAGAAUACAGAUUUAAAAGAACAAAUAUUUACAUAACUAAACUGAAUAAGUGGCAUUCAUGUAAAGCACACUGCAUAGUUAUGUUUUCUAACAGGUUUAUAGGAACUAAAUCAUCAUGUGGGUAAGUUAAAUAUUUAACCAAGUUGGAAAGCAUUAUGUGCAAUAGCAUUAAUCACUCAGUUCCACUCUCAAAGAGCCCAUGCUUACACAAUUUUUGAAUCAGUGAAUUUGGUAUAAUUUCACUGAUAAUAAUAAAAUAAAAGCAUCUUCAGAUCCUAGCAGUAGAUCUGGUAGUAUGUGAACACAUCAACAAAAUACUCGCAUUGACCCACCCCAAAGCUUUCAAUGAAAUUACUUAUUUGUUAGUCUUUUUACUAGGCUCAAGAUAUAGGCAUCUUGCCACUGUUUCUUUGAUCACUAAAUGGACAGUGAGCACAAAUGAAUUGUCACCUCUGCUGAUAUUUUUUGUGACUGUUCUCCUUCCCAGACCCAUUCCCAGCUUGGUAAUGUCAGUGGAAGAUCAUGUAGCAAGGUAAAUUUAGAUUAUUCAUGUUAACAUUUUAAAUGAUUAGCAGGUGCUAAUUAAGUAGAAUUGGUCCAAAGAUUUUCAAAGCCUGAUCCUCUUUUCCAACAGCCAAAUAAGGCAUGUGACUUUUUGUAAGAAUGUUUUCCAUGUUGAAUGGAAAGUACAAGACAGGCACAGUCCAUCAUUGGCUUCUCAUUCUGCAAUUUUGGAGGAGGUCUCUGCCUCCCAGAGCAGGUUGAGUGGUCCAGGAUGGCUUCUUGGUACUGCAGGCAAGCUGGUGUGUAUGUCCUAGCUUACAUAAUCAACGAUGGUAUAUUUGGAGUUAGUUUCCAGACUUUAAGUCACAGAUUUAUAGAAUGCUUUUGGGUUGGAAGGGACCUUAAAGAUCAUCUAGUUCCAACCCUGUUGCCAUAGGCAGGGACACCUUCCAAUAGACCAGAUUAACAUCACUCUCAUUAAGUUCAUCAUCAUUAACAUCAUUAUCCUAUCAUUAGUGUUUUUCGUGGUUUUGUUAUUGUUGCUGGUUUUACUGUGGGGAAAAAUACAUAUUACUUUGUAGUCCUGGACUGAGCAGUAUAAAUUUAUUAAGAGAGUUUAGCUAAGGCACAAAUUAGUCAAAUACCAUGUACUCUUAUCUUUAUGCUUUCCCUCCCUACUCAUACAGUUUUUUCCCAUUUUCCUGUUCUGUCUACAUUUGUUUAAUUUCAGCUCUUGUGUGACAGCUUUAAAUGACAUUUAAACUCUCCGCUCUUCUGCAUUCUUUGACACGUUUAAUAAGUUUUAUAUAUGGAAAGAGGGGGAAAUAUACAUGGAAGCAAUACUUCUGAAAACCUCAUAAAUUCACAUUUUCUGCCAAAUUAGAGAAGAUUGUAAUCCAUUUUUUUAUUGGCAAUUGACCUAAGAUGGUAUGUGGCCCACUCCAGUAUCCCUGAAAAUCAUCAGAAGAAUUUCCUUAGAUUUCUGUGGCAUUUGUGUUGUGUCCGUCUUAUUGCAUGCAGUUGUAUUUCCUGUCUUGCAUAUAUUAAUUUUCAUGUGCUGUAACUCUUGCCUCAUCAAGAAUUCUGCCCCACAGCAACCAAAAGUCCCUAGUGUUUAUUUGAGGAUAGUAACUUGUUGAUUCAUGGGCAGAAUAGCCUCCUGUAGCCUCUGUUCACUGUUUUGUGCAGCUGUUAGCUUGAAACAAUUAACAGAUACAAGCCCUACAACAAAGUGAUGCCAUUUGGCAUGUCAAUGUCUGUCAGUAGCAAGCACAAUAUUUAACAUCAGUUUGCAUGUUUUCUCUUUCAGAUAAUAUUAACAAUUGAAGUCUUUCAUUCUUUAUAUAAGCAUAUAAGUAUCAGAGAUCUUUUAGUCUUGGGAGCUUAUUUCUAGGUGUUCCUAUACUACCUUUAUCUUCAAAUUAUUUUUUAAUUAUUAUUCUCUGCUGAGAUUGCAAACUGGCAUUCCUGAAUUACUGAAUUACUGGCUAGAUAUUUCCAAACAUAUUCUAUUUACAUUGACUAGAAAGCUAUUUUACCCAGACUGUAAAAUGCAUAGGUUUUUGUAGCUGCAUCGCGCUGUGGCAAGUGACACUCCCUUAUCUUCACCAAAACAAACACAAAUUUUCCCUUACUUUCCUUUAGUGAGACUGAGAGCCAAAAGUUUCAGCUUGUAAGGGCUGAAUCUGCAUCCCUUAUGUGUCCACAAGGCCUGCAGCAAUCACCAGUUUAGUACGCUUGUGAGGGUCAGGAGCUGGGCUUCUGUAGGCCAAGUUCUGCUUUGGGUUGUAGCGGUGUCUCAUGUCAAUAUUGAACUGAAUAUUUUACAACACUGCAACCAAGAGUAGGUCAUGCACCUAAAUCUCUUUCAUAUUUAUGCCUGUAAUUUAUCUGUCAGGCAAAAUAAAGUAGCUGGGUGCCACUGUUUGAAGGGAAACAGUAUAUGACCUGUGCCAUUUCAGUGCUUUGAAGAGUCUUAACACAUUAGUAAGUAGCGUGAAUCAUUUUCCUGUGUUGGAUUCCUGCUUGUAGCAGAAAGAAUGCAUUUUCUUUACAUCAGCAAGUCCAGAUUGUGUAUGUGUUCUGCCCAGGCAGGAGGACUAUUUAGCCAUAAUGUUCUUUCAAGUUAGAGUUUUGUAUUACAGUGAAAACAACAUUUUUUUAAUUUGUGAUAAACCUGUAUUAUAAUGCCUUAUUUUUAAUCUUGUACAGUGUUACAAAACAACAGAAAACAUUGGCCUUUCAUGUAUUAUUCACUUUAAAAGAUGUAUUGUACUAUGAAAUUUUGUAAAUAGUUUUUGCUUGGACAGGUAGUUGCAUGUACACUUGUAUAAAAAGAGGCAAAAAGGCACACUUUUAACAAAAAUUAAUGAUUUUUGUAAGAGACAUUUUACAUGUGCAUGGAGAUUAUAUAUCCUUUUAAAAUGGAUGUCUUUUUGGUUUUCCUUUCAAUCUACUGCAUGCCAUUCAUGCCUGACUUCAGUAAAACAAAACAGUAAGUUUUCCUAAGUGUUUUUGACAUACCACUUCUGGCACAGUUAAAUCACUAGUUGCAUGUGCAUUCAGCAAAUCAAAAUACAAACAGCAAAUAAAGAAGAAAAAUAACUAAUGAUUGUGAUCUGCCAACCUCCAUGUUUCAAGGUCCAUAACACAGUAUAUGAAAAGUGUUAUCAACAUCUAAGCUGUCUUCAUAAGGUACCUUCUGGUCAUUAGAAGCAAUAAACUACUUUCUGUAAUAUAAAAAACAAACCAAUACUCUAGUUCAAAAUGGUGUAACAUCUGACAUUCAAUGACAUUCAACUCUGAUACUGCAUUUGAUGUAGUAUUGUCAUCAAGAAGGACCAGGUGUCAAAUCCAUCUUUGCUGUAUGCAGGUGCAACACUAUGGAAGGCAAAGAAGGUGAAUUUGGCCCAUCAGUGUUACCCAGAGUAUACUUCUAAUGUGAUAAUGAGUUAUUGUAUAUGAAAAGUACAUAAUGCAAAUAGGUUCUUUUCCUGGAUACAUACAUACAUAUAUACAUAUGUAUGUAUGUGUGUGUAUAUAUAUAUAUAUAUAUAUAAAAAUUAAUUUUGUUGCCUUAUUUCUGUCAGGUUUUUUGACUUAUUUUCCAAAUAGUUUCUAUUGCUAAGCAGAACGUAUUUAACAGAACUAUCUGGAGAACGUUCAUUGGAUUUUUCUGGGUGCUUUGAGCCAUCUGGAUUCUGUGCUUACAGGGUAAUCACGAUUCUAUGCUUGCAGGGAUGCCUCCCUUAGGCAUCACAGCCUAACACACAGCUUGAGGCCCAUGUCAACUAGUGAUAUAGGAAUAAGAAAUCAAUAUCCAAUCCUCUAACUGAUUUUUCCCAUAACACUGAGAAUAAAACAUAAAAUUCUGAAGGUAUUUUGUACACCUCAUUUUUAAAGUUGUCAUAUCCAUGUCACUACAACUCAGGAUUAUUCUUCAAAUUACUUAUAUAAUUGUUGUAUGAUAAAUAAGGAGUAUUGGAGGAGCAUAACACUGAGUCUUGUGGCAAAGGGAAAAGCAUAUGGACUGUGAAUACUUUCUGCUUUGGAUAAGGACUUGCGGUUUACAACUUGAGCUAGUUUUAUAAUAGGACUCAGAAAUCAUUUAAUUUGUUUGUUUAAUCAGGUGACUGUAGGGUUAAUUAAGCUGUACAGCUUCUGCAGGUACUUUUGUCAUCCUAAGUUAAGAGGCAGGUUCAUACCAUAUAUCCCUGUUGCCUGCAUAGAAAAACUGCUACCUUGUACUGACGAUUGUCUUCAUUAUAGUAGUUAAGCCUUUCUAACAGUUAUAAACUAACUCGUCUCAAAUUCAGUGGGUUUUACAUCUCAGUGUAGUGUAAUUGUUGUGAAUAAUGACAAUCUGGACACUGCUUGUGCACCCCAAUGUUGUUUAUGACUGGCUUUUUCCAGAACUCUAUAUAGGCAAUUUUUAGAUCAUUGUUCCUUUUAAUCCUAUCUCUUAUUGAGUUUUCAGGCCAAAUCUAAAUAAUUAAUAAAUAUAUUAAUGUAAAUAAUGGAAAAAGUACAUAUAAGGGAGUGGCUGCCUGUUGCGCUUUAAUUCCUCUUCAAAAUAUCACAGUGCUUGGGUGGCCUGAUGUGAUUUGCAAUCUGUUCGGUGCAAGGAUAAAAAGAAGGAAAGGAGAAAAAAAAAAUGGGCAAAGUUAGCAAGAGUACAAAACAACAAAAAAAGAAGCCUGUGAGAUAGCAGUUGCUGAACGGAAAAGGUGAAAAGCCAGUACUCUUCUGAAGUUGGUGGUAAAAUUCAGUGACACAGAACACAGUAUCUGAGCUAGGAGUACUUAACCAGAUUUGUAGUUCAGCAAAAAUAAAGCUUGUGUUUAAUUGCAUGGUCAAAUCAGUUUCUGAGGUUACGUGUCAGUUCAAAUUUACAAAAGUGUUCAAGAUCUCCUGGUGAGCUACUUUCAAAAUUUCAGAAGGAAUUAUUAGAAAUAGUUGGGGGUUGUCACCUUUAAUGCCUAUUUUUUGAUCAUGAGGAGGCACCUUGGAAUUUGAAUUAGCAUUAAUUCAUGGUUAAUGUACACAGUGUAUGUGCUGGAAGGACUUGGUUUUGCUUGUGCCUUACAGCAUGCUGGAGGAUCUACUUCUUUAUAUUAGGAUCCCCAUUUUAUGCCUUCUGUGGCAUCAGACAUGACACACCUGCAUAAAACUGAAGGAACAAAAAGUGCUGCAUCACUGUGAAGAUUUUUUAUUAAUUCCUUUCCUUCUUUGGUUCACUACCAGUACAGUUAUGUGGAUGCAAGGAGUGAUCCAUUUGUUUGUGGAAGGAGGCCAUACACAGGUAUACGUGGGUCCAAGCUAAAGAAGAAUAGGUUUCCUAGAAAGCUCAGCACUUACAGUGAGCUGAGUUCUAGAGGAAGUAUUUUCAGAUAGUUUGGGGCUCCUUUUAAAAAGCUGGCUGCUCUCCUCUUCAGAACAGGCUUGUAUAGCACAACUAAAACCAUCCAGAGCACCUUGUAACUGUGCUGUCAGGUUUGCUAGAUGUAGGUUAGCCUGCUGGUGGUGAAACAGCUAACAAACAGUUCUUUUUGUGGGCUAAAGUGGGGUUAAAUUACUGUGGUUGUGUGCACUAUCAUGUAUUACUUUCAAGUGCCUGACCUUCUGCUUUAAUCCUAGACCUGUCUGUAGUGGCAUUAGUUACGAAAACCUUCAGCUGGCACAUUGAAGUUACUUAGAUGAUUUCUCAUGUCUUUUGCUCCUUAGUACACAAGGGUGCAAAGGUUGUCUGUUCUUACAUUUCAAAUGCCAUUCGAGCAAUAAUUCAAGAAUUUUCGAUUAAAUGUAAAUGAAAAUUUAUUACCUGUGCCAUCCAAAUUUCUUCAUGAUAAUUAUAGUUUUAAUUGCUAUGGUAGGUAAAGAUUCUUCUUCACUUAGAAUUCCGGCUUUUUUUACAGUAACAUUACUAGGGCUCAAUAAGGAAAAACAGAGAAGAAAAGUGAUUGCAUAACUUGCUCCCAUUUACAAGUAUAAUUGUCUGCACAAAAGUGAACUUAGACAAAGCAAACAGAGAGUUUCUUUUCUGCAUUCAAACAGCUGGUUAUUACAGAGAAGUAGCUUUGAAAAAUAUUAGAGAAUACCAUAAGAAUGAAAGCAAUGCUUACUGGUCUAAAAAACUAGAAUCCAAGAACAACUACCUUUUCUAGCAUAAUUAACUCAAUACAGAGAAUCUUAGAGCAGUGAUAUUGUUUUCUCUGAAAUUCUGACAGAGGUUAAAUUCUGACACACAUUUCACAGUUUCAAGUAAAUUCAAUCAAAUUUGACCCAUCUGUUAAAACCCCUGUCUUUAAAACUUGUGUCACAAGUAACAUCUGUCUGGAUUUUAUCCUGCUGGUAAGUCCUUGUACUCUCUGCUGUCUCGAGGUUAACUUCUGCCCUGCUGGCAUGUGUACAUAGGUUCUCCUUGGAAAUAAGAUGCUAAGCAUUUUUCCAAUCUGUUAACUGAAAAUAUUUAAAAGUCUUUUAUAAUUAAUGUUCAGCAGCCUAAGGUAGGAAGCAAAAGACCACACAGAGCAUGUGUUCUACAAACAAAAUUAGUCUACCUGCAUGAUGACAGAGAGUCCAUUAUAGCCUUAUCCAUAAUUUUAAGCAUCCUAUAAAUAUUUAAAUGUAAUAAAUGCCAUAGCAAUAAGAAGAGAUGAAGCUAGACAUACCUACCUGCCUCUCAACACCACGUAAGUCUUCUUUGGAUGUAAAAAUGUGACCUACAGCUCAUAAAAUACUGCUUCUUCAGAAACUGAUACCCCUUCUACCCUUAACUCACCUUCAGUUGUUCAGUGCUGUCAUAUUUUUGUUGAGGUGUUUACUGUCCACUCAGGCCUGCUUUACCAUCUCCCUCUGUAGGUCCUCUGUCAUAUGGUUGUCAAGCUUCUUUUUUGAAAAGAAAAUAUAUUUCCAAAAAGUUGAUUUUUCAUAUAAUAGAUGCUUAGGGGGAAAGAAAUACAUUUAACAUAAUCUCGUUAGGAAGCAGUACAUGUGACAGCAAACCUGAAAGGGAACAUAAACAUACCCUGUGGUGGGAGUGCAGGCGCAAGCAGCUGGCAGCAAGCUGGGCAAUAAGGCUUCAGCCUGCCAUCAGCAAGCAGAGCAGCAUCUCUGUUCAAGGGUCCGAAGAAGAGAAUAGAUAAGUAAGAGUGGUGUAGCCUAAUUCAUGUUCCCUAGCAGUUUAACAAAAACAUGCAAACCCAUUUCAAGAGCAGUCAUGUUGUCUGUCUGGAUACCACUCUUUACUAAAAUAUUAGAGAGGAAAGAUACAGGCUUGGAGUAUUAUAAGGCUGGUUGAACUGAAACAUUCAGCAAGAAGACUGUGCAAGAGGAAUCUUAUCAGCUACUUAACCUGCUGAUGUUUGCAGCAAAUUCUGCAUUGCUUCUGAACUAACUUGAAUAUUUGCUUAGACUUUGGGAAAAAAAGAAUUAUUUGCAUCAGGUAGACAUAUGGGAAAACCAAGUGUAUUCUUCUCUGUAUUUAUUGGCAUAAAAGUUUUCAGUAGAAAUUUUAGUCUUGUUUACAGCCCAGUAAAAUUAAUGAAAAUAUUAACUUCAACAAUUAUUGAAUUUUUAGAUCAGGCCUUAUUCUAGUGUCUAUUCAAGGCCUUAUUCUAUUCUUCUGCCAUGUCAAAUGGCGUGUCACCAGUGACUUCAAAGGGACCAGGAGGAGGCCUACUAUAUCACAAAAGAAACAUCUACAUAGGUAAAAUGAAGAAUCCUAACUUUAAGGAGUGAACUAGUAAGUCAAGAUGUCAUUAUUCCAACUGCUAUAGCCCACUGAACCUAUAAUCUUUUUAUCUUUAUAGCUAUACACUAUAUAUAUAUAUAUAUGUAUAUACAUAGUACAAUACAAUAACUUAACACUGGGUAACUUCUAAUGAUAGAUUUUCAUUAAUAAUACGGGUCUAUUUUUAUGUAAAUAUAUUAUUGUAGAGUAUCUUCCAGUCUUUUUCAAGAUUGUUAAAUUGAGAAGAGCAAUUGAAUAUUUGUCCUAUUUUUAUGUUAAAAAGUGAAUGGACUGAAAUGUUAAAUGUGAAUGUAAAUUUCUUAUUGCAACUUUUAUACUGAGUGUUUGCACUAUUAUAAUUUCUGGAAUCUAAUUAAAAAUAAAGGAAAAAAUUGCUUGAAUAAACAGUUGUUUGAAAUUGG